AUGAGGCCUCUCACCCUCCUAACCACGGCUCUCGCAGGCCUCCUCGCGCCCUCCCUCACGAGCGCCGCCUCCCUCCAACAGGUGACCUCCUUCGGUGCCAACCCGUCGGGCGCAAAGAUGUACAUCUACGUCCCGGACAAGCUCGCGGCGAGCCCACCCAUCAUCGUAGCGAUCCACUACUGCUCCGGCACCGCGAGCGCGUACUACUCCAACACGCCCUACAAAGGGUACGCCGACACCUACGGGCUGAUUGUCAUCUACCCGGAGUCGCCGUACUCUGGUACGUGCUGGGACGUCAGUUCGACCGCGUCCCUGACGCAUGACGGCGGCGGAAACAGUAAUGCCAUUGCGAACAUGGUGACGUAUACGCUCGAUAAAUAUGCAGGUGACAAGAGCAAGGUAUUCGUGACGGGGACAUCUUCGGGGGCGAUGAUGACGAACGUCAUGGCAGCAACCUACCCAGAGCUCUUCGCCGCCGGCAUAGCCUACUCGGGCGUCCCCGCGGGCUGCUUCUACACCGGCACCGUCAACGGCUGGAACUCGACCUGCAGCCAGGGCCAGUCCAUCGCCUCGCAGCAGGCCUGGGCCCAGACGGCGCUCAACAUGUACCCCGGAUACAGCGGCAGCCGCCCCCGGAUGCAAAUCUACCACGGCAGCGCCGACACGACGCUGUACCCGCAGAACUGGAACGAGACGAUCAAGCAGUGGACGGGCGUGUUCGGGUACAGCCUCACGCCGCAGCAGACGCUGCCCGGCACGCCGAGCGAGCAGUAUACAAAGUACGUGUACGGGCCGAACUUGGAGGGGAUUUACGGGACGGGGGUCGGGCAUAGUGUGCCUGUUAUGGGGGCUGAGGAUUUGAAGUGGUUUGGGAUUACGGUGAGGCGGCUCCACGCAGCCGGGAACGACGACGCAGACCUCGGCGGCACCACCGGCGACGUCGACGGCGAGCGCGCCGCCGACCGGAGGGUGCACGGUUGCGAGGUGGGGCCAAUGCGGCGGGAGCGGGUGGAGCGGGUGUACCGCCUGCGCGAGCCCGUAUACUUGCCAGGCCGCGAACCAGUGUUUUCGAUCAACGAAAUCACCCAAGUCAUGGCCGACGAGAAAGAGAUCGAGCCCAAGGUGACGUCUACGUCGAAGGGCAAGACCGUCUCGGAGAAGAACGCCGACGUGACGCUGCGACUCCUCGAGCAGCAUGGCGACGAGUUCGGUCCCCUGACGCCCGAGAUGGAGAAGAAGAUUCGUAGGAAGCUCUAUCUCCGCGUCAUGACUCUCCUCUCGGCCAUCAACAUCAUGCUUUUUGUCGACAAGUCGACGCUCGGUUAUGCAGCUAUCUUGGGCCUCUUUGAGGAAACGGGAAUCAGACAAGCCCAAUACAACAACUUGAACACGAUGUUCUACGUCGGCUACCUAGCCUUCCAAUGGCCAGGUCACAUCCUCAUGCAAAAGCUCCCGUUUAGCAAAUACGUAGCCAUCACGAUCUUCAUCUGGUCCGUCCUCAUCUUCCUCCACUGCACAGCAACCUCCUACGCCGGCCUCAUCGUCCUCCGCCUCCUCCUCGGCGCCGCCGAGGCCACAAUCGUCCCCGCGAUGGAAAUCACAAUCGGCAUGUUCUUCAACCGCCGCGAGCAGUCCUACCUCCAGCCCGUCCUCUGGAUCACCUGCCAGGCCGCGCCCCUCGUCACCGGCUUCCUCUCCUACGGCCUCCUCUACGCCGAGGGGCCCGUCCUCCCCUGGAAGCUCCUCCACAUCGUCACCGGCGGCCUCACGCUCUUCCUCGCGGCCUGGGUCUGGUUCGAGUACCCUUCCAACCCGGCCGAGGCCCGCUUCCUCACCUUGGAAGAGAAAAUCCACGUCAUCCGCCGCGUCCACGCCGCGCAGCAGAGCUCCAUCGAGCAAAAGCGCUUCAAGCGCGAACAGGUCGUCGAGACCCUCCGCGACCCCGUAUCCUGGCUCUUCGCCCUGCAGUCCUUCACGCUAAUGUACUCCAACAACCUAAACUACGGCCAAAAGAACCUCAUCACCACCUCCAUCGGCAUCAAACCCCUCGGCUCGACCCUCGUCGCCGCGGCGGGCGGCGCCUUCGGCAUCCUCUGCUGCGUCGUCGCCACCCUCGCCCUCCGCCGCUGGCCCAGCAACCUCGCCCUCCACGGGACCCUCUGGUGCAUGCCCGCCGUCGCGGGCGGCGUCGCGAUGGUCACGGUCCCCUGGGACCGCAAGAUCGGCCUCCUGGCGUGCCUGAUCCUCGCGGCGGCGACGUACGGCGUGACGUACAUCAUCGCGCUGGGGUGGACGACGUCCACGGCGGCCGGGUACACCAAGAAGCUGACGCGGAACGUCAUGUUCAUGCUGGGGUACAGCGUCGGCAACCUCGUGUCGCCGCAGAUCUGGGUGCCGGCCAACGCGCCGCGGUUCUACGGCGCGUGGGCGUCCAUGAUCUCGGUGAGCUGGAUCGGGACGCCGGUGAUUUUGUGGAUCAUCCGGUUCAUACUCGUGAGGAGGAACAAGGAGCGGUUGGAGUAUAUUGCUGGGCUGAGCGAGGAUGAGCGGGACGGGUGGGUUGAGCAGGUCGACGAGGGCGGCGAGACGAUCCGGGUCAAGGUCGAUUUGGCGGUUUUGGACCUGACGGAUCUGCAGAAUAAGCAGUUUCUCUACCCCAUAUGA